AUGGGUCAACAGAUAUCAAGCGAUAGCCCCAGUAGGCAAGGCAAAGGAACGAGUUAUCAAGAUUCGUAUGCCCAAGCCAAUACCAUGAUCACCGUCAAUGACGGCUCUCCAGCAAGAAUGUUAGUCAAGAAGCAUAUUCAAGAAGAUGAAGACUUUAAAGCCUUACAAAAACUACCUAAAUUUUCCCCUUUAAUGAGAGGCUCUCUCAAUUUACCGGUUAUGCGAGAUUCUGGAUUCCUUAGCAAGAUGGAAAGCAAGCAUGUUAUCAGUUAUGUUAAUCGCUAUGAGGAACAUUUAAGAUUAUGUAGCCAAAUGAUAACCAAUGAUCAAGUUAUGCUAGCUAGUCGAAUGAAAGAAAUUGAUUAUUUAAUGGAUUUAGUGCACAAUAAAGUGGCUGAAAGGCAACAAAAGUUAAAUCAUUUCGCAGUUUGUGCUAGGACGAUCCAAACCAUCGAAAGCGAUAUUCAAAGGAUCCAAAAAAAUUUAGAAGAUUCCACCGCUUUAGCCGAGCAAUUUAAUGACCUACUACCUGAAGGACAUAAAUUGGAACCUUUAUCACGCUAA